AUGCGCUCAGACGAUUCCGCCCAGCGGAAAGCCCCCAAAGACAAGUCUGUCCGCACCAAGAGUCGUUUCACCCGUAAAGCUGUCAAGAACGUCCUGCACGACCCCGAGCUCACGGGUAAUCAUAACAACGAUGUCAAGCAAACUGACCAACCAGACCAGAACGCGUCCAAGGACGCAUUGCCCGCUCAUCCUCCUGUCGUUACUUCCAACUCGUCCUCCAUAAUUCCUGACCCGCUCAACGAGCUCCCAGCAUGGUUCCACCGCGACAUCGAACCGACGCUGACCUCUGCUGCACAGUACAGGGCUAAAUACCCCUUGCAUAACCCUAGUGGUCCUCGUUUUUAUCACAAUUUUCAUCUUCUACCAGUACACGAUAAUGCUCCCCCAGCUCAGUUCUCUACCGCCUUCCCUCCCAUCAUCUCUGCUGCUGAACGUUCUCAAGAGUCUACUAGGAUACCUGGUUUGAGCAGGACCCCUUCAGGUUCUCCCCUUCCUACUCCCAAUUCCUCCCAGCUUCUCGUCAAUGAAGCUGGCAAUAAGCUCAGGACUCGCAAGAUUUCACAGACUGCUCAUGACGAAGUGGACAUGCUUGACGGAAGUGAUCCUUGGGGCACAAAUUGGCAUCAUCACUCUCCCUACGACAUUGGCCUCAAUACAGAAUUCAGUGUCGACGAGAAUCCCGUUAAUUCCCGCUCUCGCCGGCUGAGCUUGAGCACGAUUGACAAUCCUCACAAAUCAGUGAUUCCUUCUCCACUAUCUCAGUCCACCUCGGCCGUCCAUCUUCAGUCCAUCGAUAAUCCGCAGAUGCCACGCAGGUUAAGCAAGCGACACAGGCCUUUCGUCGUUCUGUUCGGCGGUCAUCAUGAGAACAACGAUGUUCAUCAAAGGUCAGCGACAGCUCCUGCUGGUGACGGCGUUCUGCGGAAGAACUCCAAACGCAGGUCUGAUGUCGGUCCGCCACUCUCGGCUUCCGCUCACAGCGGCAUGCUUCAUCCCGAGACUGGGAAGGAGAAACGCGGCAGCUUCAUGCACCGGUUGGCUAAGCGGUUCAGUGUCCAGAGAAAGCCAAAUACCGUCACCGACCCUGCAUCUUUGUUGACUCCGGAACAUAUUGCCGUGCGUUCGGUGAAGAGUAUCGAGCCGGUCAAGCGGGUACCGCCCCCAACGGUAGAGGAUGAACCUCCUACUCCUACUGCUUCUCACGGCACCCCGUCAGGAGAGAAGCGCCAUCAUUCUAAGACACCCUCCAUCGAGGAGCGUGCUAUGUUGGGCAACUUGACCAUCGCGAAUCCUGACGAGCCCGAAGCAGAAGUGCCUCGAGCUACUUAUCAGCCAACAGUAGAACACGCUGUGAAUCAUAAUGCGGCUCACCACCCUGUGCCUGACGGUCCGUUUUCUGCUUCACCGAUGUCGGUCGAGCACGAGUUACCUCCACCGCCUUCACACAUAGCAGAAACUCCCGCGCUUCCUGCCGAGACACCCAACUCGCCGCCCUUGCCCCCCCUCCCUGAGCUUCCGCGUACGCCGGAGCCUCCGAAAGAACAUGUUCUUCCGUUGACCCCAGAUCCAACUGUGCUGCCGCCGUCCCCGUCUACAAACGGAGUGUCGUCUACAGGACUGACGUAUAUCCGUGACGCUCUGUCGUACACCGCCGGGUCGGCGUCGAUGGACUCCGUGGACGACUCUCCUCUUUCCCGCGCGUCCGUACUCGCUAAUCCACCUACUCCGUAUGCCUCGCCGAGGAUUCUCCCUGCCAGAAUCUCCAAGAGCUCUGCGCGUGCCCAGGAGGCGGCAAAAGCCCAGGAAGCUGCUAAGGCCGCCGAGGCUGCUGCUGCGAAAGCAAAGGACGGAAUUCAGCACAACAAGUCUUCGAGCACGACCAAGCGCCGGGAGACGGAGACGUUCAAGCUCAUUCGGAGUCCGUCCGGGCGCGAGGACGCUGGGGACGUCAUCCCUGGCAUGGGCAUGGAGCAGUGGGAGGUCGUCGAGUCGCCGGUGGAGUCUCCUAAGAGGUCCAGGACGAAGAACCGCUCACAUUCGAACGAACGCCGUGACGACGACGAGCGCAUCGUGCGACAGGACUCGAACGAAUCCAAGAAGUCCAAGGAGCAUGACAGGCACUCCGACCGCCGUGCCUCAAAAGAGCACGACAGACGGGCUGAGCACCAUGAGAGCGGGAGGCAGAACCACAACGCCAGCACGGAAGAGAGCCAUGAGCAGCAUAGGCUGCCCCGCUCCAUCAGCAGACGCUCACCGCCUCGUGAACAUGCUGGUCCGGUCGCACGGGCACCCAGCGUAGACGAUGGCCGUCGACCGAGCAGCAAAGACGCCGUCAUCUCCACCAUCACUCGCACGUUGAGUCGCUCCUCUUCGCGGCGGCGCAGAGCGAGCGAGGAUAUGAGUGCUCAUAAGUCGUCUGCCCCCAGCGGUGCGCACCACCAGAAGCACCCAUCCCACUCGUCCACCUCGCGGACCACUGGAGUCGAGCGGCGCACCUCCACUUCGAACCGCCCCACAUCCGACGUGCAGCGCACCGUGGAUCUGCAUACGCUGAAAGCGAAGGAAGCAUGGGAGUUGGAGAGGCUCUGGAAGGCGCGCAGCCUCUACGGCCCUGAUGGCGUCCCGAUUGUGACCAUCCCUGCCUCUAACGCCUCCAGCUCGCCCCCCUCGACAUUCAUCAGUGCCGACAUGCACAGAGCGGGAACCAUCCCUAGCACCACGGACCUGCAGAGAGCAAUCACAGUGCCGGGCGCUGCGCAUGGCUCAAAUCACACAUUCUACGCGGUGCAGUCGCCCUUCCAAGGGCACACCGGUGCUCCUUAUACUCAGAUACCUAUUUCUCCACUUCCGAUCGUUUAUUCUUCUCCAGAGCCUCGACCCUCCACGCAAGCGUCACCCCCUCGCACGCGCACCAAGCGGUCGAACUCGGACCGCGAUCGUAUUCCCUUUCCCUCUAUUAACACUACUAACGACCCCCGUUCACUAACCCGCACGUUCCUGGCUAACCCCCUCCCCGAUCCUCCACGUAUCUCGCAAUACCAAGCGGCACCCCUGCCGCCGUCGCUCAGGACUCCGUCCGACGCGUCGCGCUCUCCGCAGAUGUGGGCACAGUACGCCGGCGUGGUCACGAGUGCUCGGAACUGA